GUUGGCAACGCGGCGAUUGGUUUUGGUUUUUCAACCCAACAACUGUCGCAAUUUAACGUUUUUUGUCCGUUUCUAGAUGUUAUUUGGACUAAAAAACCAUAUAAAACUCUGACUGAGAAAGAAAUAAAGGCGUGAAGGAAAGAAAUGGAGGACAUAUUCCACUGGUGCCGCGAAGGCAACUCGAUCCAAGUUCGCCUUUGGUUGGACGAGACGGAGCACGACAAUAAUCUGGGCGACGACCAUGGCUUCAGUCCAUUGCAUUGGGUGGCCAAGGAGGGACACUCCAAACUGGUGGAGACCUUGCUGCAGCGUGGAGCUCGUGUUAAUGCCACCAACAUGGGCGAUGACAUACCACUCCACUUGGCGGCAGCCCACGGCCAUCGCGACGUGGUCCAGAUGCUACUAAAAGAGCGUUGCGAUGUGAAUGCGGUGAACGAGCACGGCAACACGCCGCUGCACUAUGCCUGCUUCUGGGGCUACGACAUGAUCUGCGAGGAUCUGCUGAAUGCUGGCGCCCAGGUGGGGAUUACCAACAAGGACGGGCACACCCCCAUCGACAAGGCCAAGCCCAGUUUGGCCAAGAGGCUGCAGGAUCUGGUGGAGAAGAGCGGUCGUGAAGUUAAGGUGAUCAGCUUCAAAGAGCAGAGCUGGCAGGGCAUGAAGACCAGGUCCAGGGACGCCACGCUGUCGCGCUUCAAGGGCAUCAGCAUGGGCGAUUUGGAUCUGCACACCAAGCUCUCGGUGACGCCAUCGGGAGAAACAUGGCGCGGACGCUGGCAGAAGAACGAUGUGGUGGCCAAGAUCCUGGCCGUGCGUCAGUGCACGCCGCGCAUAUCCCGUGACUUCAACGAGGAGUUCCCGAAGCUGCGCAUCUUCUCGCAUCCCAACAUUUUGCCCAUCAUUGGCGCCUGCAAUUCACCGCCUCACCUGGUGACCAUUAGUCAGUUCAUGCCGCGCUCAUCGCUGUUCAGCCUGCUGCACGGCAACACCGGCGUCAUGCUCGACACCAGCCAGGCGGUUAGCUUUGCCCUGGAUAUUGCCCGGGGAAUGGCCUUCCUGCACUCGCUGGAGAGGAUCAUACCCACAUAUCAUCUGAACAGCCAUCAUGUGAUGAUCGACGAGGACCUGACCGCGAGAAUCAAUAUGGGGGACGCCAAGUUCUCGUUCCAGGAGAAGGGACGCAUUUACCAGCCGGCCUGGAUGUCGCCGGAGGCUCUGCAGCGCAAGCAGGCGGACCGCAACUGGGAGGCCUGCGACAUGUGGAGCUUCGCCAUUCUCAUUUGGGAGCUGACCACGCGCGAAGUGCCCUUCGCUGAGUGGUCGCCAAUGGAGUGCGGCAUGAAGAUUGCACUGGAAGGACUCCGCGUCAAGAUACCGCCGGGCACCUCUUCGCACAUGUCCAAGCUAAUUGGCAUCUGCAUGAACGAGGAUCCCGGCAAACGGCCCAAGUUUGACAUGGUCGUACCCAUUCUUGAGAAGAUGAAGCGCUGAAGCCGUCGUUAAGUUGGAGCAGCGGAUGCCAAGCCAAAAUGUGCCUUGAGGAACCAUCGUUUUGCCAACUAAUUGUAAUUACCACUUUGUGUUAUCUUUGUCUAACUGAGCCUAACCCAAAAAAACCGAACCGAACCGUGCCACAAGGGCAGCCAAAUGCAGUCGGAGCAAGUUAGAGCUUGUUCCCUGUUUAGAAUUUAUGUUUCUUCGUCUCACCUGAUUUUUAUAUCUAUGACCUACCGUCGAUGUUUUGCGCGGGUGCUCGAUUUUGUCGUACAUUUUAAGUUCGAUAACCAUUAGGAUCGUAUUUAUACAGAAAAUAUAUUUGUUACUAAUUAAACUGUA